UACAAACGUACUUGGUCGCCAAGGAAACGAGCCAUCAACAAAAGAGAAGGCUCCAGGUCCCAGGAGGCGGUAUCACAACCUGCAGCCGCCUUUCUCUUCUCUUCUUCUUCUCUUCCAGCACCGGGCGGGCGCGGCCGGGGUUUUCUUUUCUCCAAGGUGGUGGAGCGGGCGAGCGAACGCGAGGAGGGGGAGGAUGAUGACGGCAAUGGUGAAGGCCGAGCCGACGGCGGCGGAGGGGAGCAGCGGGCGGAGGGACGCGGAGGCGGAGCUCAACCUGCCGCCGGGCUUCCGCUUCCACCCCACGGACGACGAGCUCGUCGUGCACUACCUCUGCAGGAAGGUGGCGGGCCAGCCGCAGCCCGUGCCCAUCAUCGCCGAGGUCGAUCUCUACAAGUUCAACCCCUGGGAUCUGCCCGAGAGGGCGCUGUUCGGGAGCAGGGAGUGGUACUUCUUCACGCCACGCGACCGCAAGUACCCCAACGGCUCGCGCCCCAACCGCUCCGCCGGCACCGGCUACUGGAAGGCCACCGGCGCCGACAAGCCCGUGGCGCCCAAGGAGAGCGGCGGCAGGACGGUCGGCAUCAAGAAGGCGCUCGUCUUCUACUCCGGCAGGGCGCCCAGGGGCGUCAAGACCGACUGGAUCAUGCACGAGUACCGCAUCGCCGAAGCCGACCGCGCACCCGGCAAGAAGGGAUCCCUCAAGCUGGACGAAUGGGUGCUGUGCCGGCUGUACAACAAGAAGAACAACUGGGAGAAGGUCAAGGUGGAGCAGGACAUGGCUGUGGAGGCCGGGCCAAACGGGGAGGUCAUGGACGCGCUGGCGACCGACGCCAUAUCCGACAGCUUCCAGACGCACGACUCCUCGGAGAUCGACAGCGCCUCCGGCCUGCAGCAGCGCGUCUUCACGGACAUGGCGCAGGGGCAGCCGAGAGGCGGCAUGGUGACGGUGAAGGAGGACAGCGACUGGUUCACCGGCCUGAGCAUGGACGACCUGCAGACUUGCUAUAUGAACAUGGGGCAGAUGGUGAACCCGGCGACGAUGCCUGGGCAGGACGGCAGCGGCUACCUACAGUCGAUGAGCUCACCGCAGAUGAUGAGGCCGAUGUGGCAAACAAUCUUGCCACCAUUCUGAGAUGGAACCAGAAAGAUAUGGUGUAAAUUAUUGGAAAUAGAAGUGAUUAGACAAAUAUACUUACUUUGUUGAACUAGAAAGAGAUAGAGAUUUCCCAGGCAUGAUUCUGAAGAUGUGGUGGUAGGCUUGUAGCAGUAUUUAUUCUUUGGUUUCGAUCUAUAAAUUUGGUAUUCUGAACAAA